GGAGAUCACUUGGAAGCUAGCCAGCAUGGCUUCAGAUGAUGGAGUCGGUCCUCGAAAGAGGCGGAGGAUCGGUCCUCCCGGAUCAGAACCUUAUGUCUUGCGUUCACUAUUUGAUGACGUCCCGCUGGCGACGGACGAUAGCUCGGACGUUUACAUCACCUGCGUCGAGUACUGGGAUGGAAACCUGUAUAUUGGUACCUCUGCAGCGGAAGUCCUGCACUUUGUCUGCCUUCCAGCGACUUCGGAUGACGACUCGAGCGAACCUAUCUUUAUCCUAGCAUCUCGACUGCCUAUCCCAUUUCAGAAUGAGCCCUCCGACAGCGACCCCCCAAGGGGUGCGACAAAUUGUUAUCUUGCCGUCGGUGAAUAAAGCUUGCAUUCUUUGCAAUGGCAUGGUUACGUUCUACAUGCUACCGGAGCUAAGCCCGGCGUUUGGGAAUACCAAGGUUAAUCAUUGCCGCUGGAUCGGUGGCUUGGAUCUCAAUCAAGAUGCUGCUUCUGAGGAAGACCCAGUCGUGAUGAUUGCCGUGCAGAACAGCAUAAUGUUGAUUCGGAUAGGAGAAGGAGCUCGGCGCAUCAAGCAGAUCAAGUUUCCCGGUUGCUUGGUUGCGGCGCGCAGAGGUACCAUUGCCUGUGCAGCCGACACCCAUUCAUACUCGCUCCUAGAGGUGGAGCACCAACAAAAGAUUCCGCUGUUUCCCAUAUCCUCCUCCAGCGAGGUCUUCGAAUCCGGCCAUGUGGAAGACAUCCCGGCGGCACCACAGACUCCACUGAAGCGAUCGCCUUCUUCGUCCUAUCCGAGCUCGCCUCCAAUGGACCCUCAUGUGCAUGGUAGAAGCAGCAGUCUGAAUACAUUUGUAGGUAUGCUUCAGCCGCACGCACAGCGGGGGCAUAGUCGAUCACCUUCGGGAACGCCUGACCCCUUCACAUCCACUGGGAGCAUCCGUCGUUCCAGCUCGGAAGAGCGUGACGAAGGGGAAGAAGGCUCUAAGCAGCAGACCUCGAAAAGCCCCGAGCGGGAGGCACAGGCAGCGGAGUCGGACAAUGUGAAGCCACUGCCUCCACUUCCACCUCCAAAGCCAGCCCAGAAACAACUACAGCCGCAUGUGGUAUCGCCGACUCCGUCUGAAUUUCUUCUUGUAACUGGAACAGAGGAAACGGAACCGGGAGUGGGUUUGUUUGUUGAUAUGGACGGCGAGGUUGUUCGGGGAACGAUCAACUUCCACCGGUAUCCCAAGUCAGUUGUGAUUGAUGCGGGUGAAGACGACCAAUCCCUGCAGCCAAACGACGAUUCAAAAGAAGAAUAUGUUCUCGCCUUGAUCGAUGUCGGGGAGGAUGGAAAGCAACAAACCCGUCUGGAAAUUCAACGGUGGGAUGACGAUCCUGCAGAAAUCGAACGACACAAGAAGUGGCUAGACAUCCCAUCUUCAUCGGAUGAGGUGCUGUCUGCUCGAGUCGGCUUGAGGCACACCCUCAGUCCCAGCGAUCUUGAUCAAAAUGAGAUCGGAAAGCUUUUGCAAAUGGUCCGCCUCAAGACACCUUUACUAUCCCCCCAUGUUGCCACCGUGGACCCUCGAACCCAGGACUCUAUUGAGCAGCAAAAGACAGAAAAAGAGCUCUUUGAGUCCCAAGAGCUGACUGAAUCCGAGGGAUCCAAGAAAGGAGAUUCCGGGUCAGCAGAUCGCGACUGGGAAAGCCAACGCAACGCCGAAGAAGCGAAGUUUGUCCGCGGACUGGGAAAGCUGCGGAGCAGUCUCGUGCUGUGGUCAGGCUCACAAGUCUGGCGAUUGCUUAAGAAUCCUUUGGUCAUUCAACUAGAGAAUACUCUGCAAAAGGCUCAGCAGGUUGAUAGCAAAGGACGCAUCACUUUGCAGAGGGAUGCUGUCAUGGAAUUGAUGGUAUCCAUCCAGGAUAUCGAGCCCAAAACUGAGACCGAAUUCCUUGGCCUGGGUUACGUGAAACAGAAAGCCAGCUUGCUGCUAUAUGGAGAUCUUCUGUCCAUGCAUGCGGACCACCGUGCAGAUCCCACCAUUAGGAAUACUGAAAGGGCUCUCUUGUCGGGUAAUCUGGACCCUCGGCUUGCCCUUCUCUUUAUUCCACUGCUUCGAUGCGAGGUGCUACAGGGGCCACAGGGUAUCUGGAUACAGUCGGGCCUGGCAGACACUACAGCAAAAUACCUGAAACAAGUUGAGCAGAUGAGUGAUGCAACCGAGGUGCAUAGCUCUGUGCUCAACAUGGUGAAGCGAUUCCUUCUCUCGUGGCAACAAAAACGAGGCUACGGGAGUAUCCCCGAUGAAACAUACGUCCUGGAUAGCACCGAUGCUGCACUGCUCCAUCUCGUUCUGGAGCAAGAUGCACAUCUGAGUGCCCAGCAGCGAGCUUCAUCCACACGCAGUGAGCUGAACAAGCUAGUCGAUAAUUGGAAGGGCAAUUUCGAGCGAGCCGUUGCCCUGCUGGAGCAGUACAGGCGGCUUUACAUUCUGAGCCGACUAUACCAGAGCCAGAAGAUGUCACGAAAUGUGCUCAAGACCUGGCGAAGGAUCAUUGACGGAGAAUCUGAUGCCGGUGGAGAGGUUACUGGUGCUGGCGUUGAGGCGCAGAUGCGCAAGUAUUUGGUGAAGAUCAAAGAUGCCCAAUUGGUGGAAGAGUAUGGCUCCUGGCUUGCCGGGCGGAAUCCUGCACUUGGUAUCCAAGUUUUUGCAGACCACUCUAGUCGAGUGAGGCUUGAGCCUGCUGAUGUGGUGGCUUUGCUUAAGGAGCGUGCUCCCAAUGCCGUCCAGGUCUAUCUGGAGCAUCUAGUCUUUACUAAACACUACACUCAAUACGCCGACGACCUCAUUGCAUACUACCUAGACGAGGUCCUUUCCGUGCUCGAAUCCUCUCUCGAGGCGAGGGAAUCUCUCGCCGAAUCCUACUCGACCUAUCGUGCGCUACGCCCUCCCAAACCAACCUAUCUCAACUUCAUCACCGAAAACACGCCCGCCGAGCCCUGGUGGCAGUCCCGCCUGCGCCUUCUGCAGCUCCUCAGUGGCACCUCGGGCACUCAAUUCUCUACAACUGCGCUCCCCUCCGGUAUCACCUACUCCAUCCCCAACGUGCUCGCCCGCAUUGAGCCGUACCAGGAUAACCUCGUCUCCGAGAGCAUCAUCCUCGACGGCCUACAGGGCCACCACCGCGCAGCCCUCCGCCUCCUCACCCACGGACUAGGCGACUACGACUCCGCCAUCCGCUACUGUCUCUUCGGCGGACCACGCAGCACCACCACCUCAGGUGGAACACAGCCUGAACUAGCCGGGCACGACCUGCAGACCACGCUGUUCCGACACCUACUAGACGAAUUCCUACAAAUUCAAGAUCUAACAGAACGCAUCGAACGCACAAGCGACCUCCUCGCCCGAUUCGGAGCCUGGUUCGACGUCCGCGAGGUCCUCGAGCUCGUACCCGAGGAUUGGAGCGUGGAUAUCCUCGGCGGAUUCUUGGUGCAGGUGUUCCGGACGCUAGUCUCGCAGUCACGGGAGGCGCGGAUUGAGCGGGCGUUGAGUGCGGGCUUGAAUCUGCGGGUCAGUGUGCAGUAUACGGAUAGUAUGGAGAAGGCGGGGCCUUGGGUGGAGGAUGGUGAGGGUUUGAGGCGGUUGAAGGGCGCUAGUAAGACCGAGGCGGGUGUGUCUGCUGGUGGUGAUGUGAUUACUGCUGGGGAGGAUAGUGACUUUGGUGAUGUGGUGAGCCCUACUGUGUAGUACUAUGUACGACCGUGUAUAGGGCUCUGUGGCCCGUUCUUGGCGUUUGCAUUUAUGAUACCUAGCGCAAUGUUAC